CCUAGUGGUACACGCUGGAUUAGCUUGGUGGGCGGUCGCUAUCCCGUGAAGCUUGAGCCUUGUGACUUUCCGUCGCGGCCUCCGCCAGCUGAGUCUCCGCUCCAGAUCUGCGCGGCGCCUGCUCUCUGCCCUCUCUCGCCGGAGGCGUGUCGCUCCUUUUUCCUACACGCAUCAUGUCCCAGAUCCUCAUAUCGGUGGAUUAUGAAGUGUUCGGCCGGGUACAAGGUGUGUGUUUCAGAAUGGUAAGGCAGCAUGAAGUACAUCACCUUUACAUCACUACUCUAUAAUAUUUUUGAAAAUAAAAGCAAGGCAUGUGACCUUUGCAGAGACCUCCAAGAGCCUCUGGUGCCAAGGUUUCAGUUGUAAUCUGGACAGUUAAGUAUUGUGUGUGGGGUGUAUGUGUUUUUAAUGGAGAGCCUUUUAACAAUGCAGUAGAACCCUGAUUUUAUGAACACUAGUUAUAUGAAUAACCAAAUCUCUGAGCCAUCUUAUCUGGCCAGACGGGGCGGGCGGGGGGGAAACCACACUUAGGUACGCGUAUAUGAACUUGCACAUGGUGCAAAGGCUUAAGGUUUGAGCCUACUGAUCUUACUGAGGUCCAUACUCAAGAGCGUACGGCAUGGAAAGAUUACGUAUGAGCAACACACCGUUUUUCACGAUGACCAAGAAACGCAAGCGAACUGUACUCACUUUCCAAAGCAAAAUAGAGAUUGUUGAGAGGCUCGAGAAAGGCGAAACAGCAACUGUGUUGGCAGAGGAGUUUGGAAUAGGGAAGUCCACCAUUUCUCAACUGAAGAAAAACAAAGACACCCUCCUCCAUUUUGUCUCGACAAUGGGCAGCGAAAAUGGCAAGAAGAAGCGGAAAACGAUGAAAUGCGCAAAGAACUCAACGUUAGAAGAUGCUCUCUAUGCUUGGUUUUCCCACAUGAGAAGUCUCGGCGAGCCAGUCUCGGGCCCGCUUCUGUGUGAAAAAGCCUUAGAAAUGAACAGGAAAUUGAACGGUAAUCCUGACUUCAAGGCUAGCUCAGGCUGGUUGGCACGAUUCAAAUCUCGCCAUGGGAUUCACCACCUUGGCGUCCAUCAUGACAAACUGUCUGCCGACCGGUCAGCUGCUCAGUGCCUCAAGCAGGAGUUCACGGAUUUCAAAACAGAGGAGGAGGAGGACUCUGAUGCCGAGAGCAUUUACAACACCGUCGUCGUUCCUGGCCCCUCCCAUUCAGAAGCCUACAAUGCGUUAGAAAUUGCUCUGCAGUGGCUGGAAGAUCAAGAAGAAAGUGACGUCGUGCAACUCCUGUUUUUGAAAAGCCUAAGAGAUUUGGCAGCAAAGAAGAUAGCCAGUUCUCUCAAGUAAAAAAAAUUAGCCCAGGACUUUUGGCAGCCAUAAAAGACUAAACGACUUAAUUCCCAACACAAUCCACUCAUUUGACACAUAGCUGUUGAUGUUGAUUAUGUACUGUACCACUGAAAAAUAAAUCAACAUAAGCAUUUUA